UGCUGGGCACGGGGCUGCAUGCUGGGCUCGGUAGUGGGCCAAGCGACCUAAACCAAAAAGCUUCCUGUGGUCCCCUAGACGUCGAGCUCACGCGACUGCAGCCGCGCCGUCCUGAGAAUAACGCACACAGAUUUAUCAGGGUAGCGCCGGCGGGGAAGAAAACGGAGGCGACGAACUCUCGCGAGAGCAGAAUCUGACCGUCCCGCCCCUCCCCUCCGGGACUCGGAGCUGAAGCGCGUGCGCGAGUAGGCGGCUGUGUCACGUGACCUGGGAACGGCGCCUGGUUGGCCGCUGGCGGGUUACCGGGACAACGGAGCUUGCGGCGCCGGGGCGGGUCAGCCCCAGGAGGUCUCGCGGGCUAAGCUGACCGGGUUUGCAGCAGCGACGGUCACGCACUCGCUCCCGGGCGGCGACCGAGUCCACAAGCAGCAGAUGGGAGCCCAGGGCGCCGAAGAUGCAGGCGGUCCGGGCCGAGACGGCGGCGCGGGAGCUCUUCCGGGACGCCGCAUUCCCCGCCUCGGACUCCUCGCUCUUUUUCAACUUGUCCACGCCCCUGGCCCAGUUUCGGGAGGACAUCACUUGGAGACGGCCCCAGGUGCAGCCGGGUCUCUCGCCUGGGCGGGUGUUGCGGAUGAGUUUCCCACAGACGUGGGCUCUGGGGUUAGCGGGACCCGCCGCCCACUCCGGUAGUUCCUCACGCCCAUUCAGAAAGGAAAUUUGUGCCACACCUCAGCUGUUUCCAGAUAACCCAUGGGAAGGACAGGUGAAGCAAGGGCUGCUGGGGGAUUGCUGGUUCCUGUGUGCCUGCGCUGCCCUGCAGAAGAGUCAGCACCUCCUGGACCAGGUCUUCCCUCCAGGACAGCCAAGCUGGUCUGACCAGAAGUACCAAGGUUUCUUCACCUGUCGAAUUUGGCAGUUUGGACACUGGGAGGAGGUGACCAUAGAUGACCGUCUGCCUUGCCUUGCUGGGAGACUCUGCUUCUCCCGGUGCCAGAGAGAGGAUGUGUUCUGGCUUCCCUUACUGGAAAAGGCCUAUGCUAAGGUCCAUGGAUCCUAUGAGAACCUGUGGGCGGGGCAGGUGGCAGAUGCCCUGGUGGAUCUCACUGGAAGCCUGGCAGAAAGGUGGAGCCUGAAAGACAUAGUGGGAGCCAGUGGCCAGCAGGACAGACCCAGUGGCGGGGAGCAAAGGACUUGUCGGCAGCUACUCCGCCUGAAGGACCAGUGUGUGAUCAGCUGCUCUGUGCUCAGCCCCAGAGCAGGUGCCAGGGAGCUCGGGGAGUUCCAUGCCUUCAUCGUCUCAGAUCUUCGGGAGCUGUGGAGUCGGACUGGCCGGGGCAUCCUCCUGCUGCGCAUUCACAACCCUUGGGGCCGACGUUGUUGGCAGGGCCUCUGGAGAGAGGGGGGUGAAGGGUGGAACCAGGUAGAGCCAGCUGAGGAGUCUGAGCUGCUGGCACAACUCCAGGAAGGCGAGUUCUGGGUGGAGGAAGAGGAGUUCCUCAGGGAAUUUGACGAGGUCACCAUUGGCUACCCAGUCACAGAGGCUGGCCACCUACAGAGUCUCUACACAGAGAAGGUGCUGUGUCACACACGGGCACUGCCUGGCGCCUGGGUCAUAGGGCAGUCGGCUGGAGGCUGCCGGAACAACAGCUGCUUUCCCUGCAACCCCAAGUUCUGGUUACGGCUCUUGGAACCCAGUGAGGUGUGUGUGGCUGUCCUUCAGAGACCCCGGAGGUGCUUAGUGGGCCAGACCCGAGCACUGGUGGGUGCCAGUCCUGCACCGGCGAAUCUCCCAGGCAAGGACUACCAGGCUGUGGGCCUGCACAUCUGGAAGGUAGAGAAGCGGAAGGUCAGCCUGCCCAGAGUCCUGUCCUCACCACCUGUGGCUGGCACUGCAUGCCAUGCGUAUGACCGCGAGGUCCACUUGCGCUGUGAGCUCUCCCCGGGCUACUACCUGGCCGUCCCUAGCACCUUCUUGAAGGAUGUGCCAGGGCAGUUCUUACUCCGGGCCUUCUCCACAGGGAAGAUCUCCCUCAGCGCCGUCAGGCCAGCCACCAAGGGUACAAAGUCACCUGGAGCAGCCCUGCCCGCAGGCGAGUGGGAGACCGUGCAGCUGCGGGGCUGCUGGAAGGCUGGCCAGACAGCCGGGGGCAGCAGGAACUUUGCCUCUUACCCCUGCAACCCCUGUCUCCCCUUCUCCGUUCCUGAGGGUGCUGGUCCCCGCUACAUCCGCGUCACCCUGCACCAGCACUGCCGCCUCGGUGACGGCCAGCUCCACCCCAUUGGUUUCCAUAUCUUUCAGGUUCCGGCAGAUGGUGAGGACCAGAAUGCAUGUUCCCUGCUGCUCCAGGAACCACUGCUAAGCUGCGUACCACAUCGCUAUGCUCAGGAAGUGAGCCGCCUCUGCCUCCUGUCAGUGGGGACCUACAGGGUUGUGCCCUCCACCUACCUGCCAGAUACAGAGGGCACUUUCACGGUGACCAUAGCAACCAGAAUAGACAGGCAGUCCAUUCACAGCCAGGAGAUGCUGGGCCAGCUACUCCAAGAGGUCUCCUUCAUGGCCGUGAUGAAAGCCUGACUGAGCAGCUGUGGGCUUUCGUGGCCAGGGGCAGCCCCCACUUCCUGCGCUCAGCAUCUGGGCACAUCUCCAGCCGGGCGCUACCCUGGGCUUCUCCGCAGCUCUGAGGGCUGCCUGUGGAUCCUCAGCUGAAAGUAGGGUGCUUUGUCCUGGACAUCUUGGGGUCCAGUGGGUGCUGCAGGGUGGGGCUAGACUCCCAAAUGACAUCUUCAUUCCUCAGUGAAGACCAGGAGACCUGGAGGCCAGGCCUGUUGUGGAAGGCUGUGCAGCAUCCUCAUACCCUUCUUGACUUCGGAAGCCUUACACCAGGCAGGCAGAUUGCGACAAGUGUUGAAAACUAUUUAUUACUUGAAAUAUUUUUAGGAUAUGACUUUGUAAAUAAAUCUGAGUAAUUUA